UGGUUGACGAGAACGAUGAAUGACGGGGAGGCGUGGCCGCACUGCCGCGAGGCGGGAGCAACCGGUGGAGCAGACGAGGAAAGCUGCGCGCGCAGCCAUGACCCCGUUCCGCCACCUAUCGGAAGGAGGGGCGGAACCUCCCUAGCUUGGUGCGCGCGCAGCUUGACGGGCGUCGCUUGGUGGUCUCCAUCGCUGAUUUCUGGUUACCUGAAGGCGCUGCGGCAGCCGUUUAAACCCCAACCCUGGACCCUUCUAUGCAUCAGACGACCCCGAUCCGGGUACCUCGGACCUCGGGGCUCAGGAGGAUUGAUUCAGGACUCGGCCGAAAUUGCUAUGGGCCCUUCCGAUCGCCGGACUGAACUGCCUGAUGACAGCAGCGAGGAGUCUUUGAAAGCUGACAUUCAGAAACUGAAGGAGAAACAGGACAUGCUGGACAAGGAGAUUUCCCAGUUAGUAAAAGAAGGCUACUGUGUGAUUGAACUAGAGGACCAUAUCGCUCUUCUCCAUGAGUACAGUGACAUCAAGGAUGUCGCACAGAUGCUUCUGGGAAAGCUGGCUCUGACCCGCAGUGUCACCACCAAGGAGUUAUAUCCAGAUUUUGAUCUAGAACUGAGUGACUGAGGAGAGUCUUGCAGAUGUUUGUCUACAGCCCACAGGGACAAGUGGAUGGAGACAUGAAAAACAGUCCUGACAGUACAUUCAUAUGGUUUCCAGAUAAAAAAUGCUAGAAGCCCAAAAUUUUCUAACGGGCCCAAACUAAGUUUAGGGUGGGGCUUAGAGAAGAAGGGUGUUGGGAGGGGUGGGUAUCGUCAGUUCUAAGAUUGUUAGUGUUCUUGUGA